AUGAAAUCGUGCACUUUGUUCUUGCUCUUAGCAGUUACUAUCUGGGCUCGCACCUUUAAGAUCGUUGGCGACCACUUCGAGAUGGAUGGGAAGCCUUUCAGCUAUGUGUCUGGAUCCUUCCAUUACUUCCGCCAGGAGCCCGGCCCAGACUAUAUUAACUGGGAGAACACCAUCAAGAAGAUGGCUAACGGAGGAUUAAAUGCUGUCCAGACCUAUGUUGCCUGGAAUAUCCACGAGCCUCGCAAGGGAGAGUUCAACUUUGACGGAAUUGCCAACUUGGACCGCUUCCUCUCGAUCGCCGAGAAGUACAACAUGUACGUGAUCCUCCGUCCGGGUCCUUACAUUUGUGCCGAGUGGGAUUUCGGUGGCCUUCCUUACUGGCUCAUCCGUGAAGAGGGCAUCAAGAUACGCACCUCGGAUCCUGUCUACCAGAAGCACGUGGAGGACUAUUUCCGUGUGCUGCUCAAUAUUGCACGUCCUCACCUCUACAAGAAUGGCGGUUCGAUCAUUUCCGUUCAGAUUGAGAACGAAUAUGGAUUCUACCCCGCUUGCGACAAGGACCAUCUGCGUUGGCUGCUGAACCUGAACAAGGAGAUUCUGGGAGACGAUGUGGUCUACUUCACCGUGGAUACUCCGAGUGACGAUGCCCUCAGUUGCGGUACCCUCCCCGAAGAGAUUUAUGUGACUGUGGACUUUGGUGUACGCGAUCCUUCGGGAGCUUGGGACAUGCAGAUGAAGUACGCCAAGCAGGGCCCCAAGGUGAACACUGAAUUCUAUCCUGGUUGGCUGGAUCACUGGCGCGAGAAGCACCACACUGUGGACGCCAAGAGUAUCGCCGAUUGCCUGGACCAGAUGAUGGCGGUGAACGCCUCUGUGAACUUCUACAUGUACUUCGGCGGAACCAACCAUCACUUCUUCGCGGGAGCCAACGGCGACUCCAACUACUACCAGUCGGACCCGACUUCCUACGACUACGACGCUCCUCUUUCGGAGGCUGCGGACAUGACCGAGAAGUGGGCGAUUAUUCGCGACACCAUCGCGAAGUACCGUAAGAUCGCGGAAUGGCCGGUGGAGAACGACCCCGUGCGCUCGUACGGCACGGUGCGCUUCACGGAGUUCGCUGACAUGUUUGACGUGAUGCCCGCUGUGGCUGGCCGCUGCGUGGAGGCGGACUAUCCUCUGACGUUCGAGCAACUCGACACGGAUUAUGGUUUUGUGCACUACAUGAUCCAGACGAACGGCGGAACGCUGCGACUGGAGAACAAGAUCCACGACCGCUGCUACAUCGCUGUGGACGGCAAGUACGUGGAUUGGCUGCAGCGCGACACGGAGCACGACGUGCAGAUUCCCGCUGGAAUGCUGAACAUCAUGGUGGAGAACGAGGGCCGCAUCAACUUCGGCGGUGGUAUGGUGGAGAGCAAGGGAAUCAUCGGCAACGUUCUGCUGGACGGCGAGCCGCUGAAGGGCUUCAAGAUGUGCGUGAUGCCGCUGAAGAACAUCAGCCCGAUCUGGUACACGGACAAGGAGCGCGCGGAGCCGAUGACGUUCUUCCGCGCCACGUUCAACGUGGAUAAGGUGGCCAACACCUAUCUGAACCCGACGGGUCUGAAGAAGGGAGUGGCGUUCGUGAACGGAUACAACCUGGGACGCUACUGGACCGUGGGACCGCAGCUGACGCUGUUCGUCCCCGCUGCGGUGCUGAAGGAGGGCGAGAACGAGCUGGUGAUGUUCGAGGAGGAAGGAAGCGACGGAUCGCUGACGGUGUCGUUCGAUGACAAGCCUCAGAUUGAUACGUAUUAAGAUUAAGAUUGAGAUUAAGAGAAUUCUCUCUCUAUUUAUAUAUUUUUGACUCCAUUGUGUA